AUGGAAAUACCCAAAAAAAGGAAAAGGGACAAUUCAGAGAGCUCUUCACAAAAGCCAAAUAGAAAUUGAACCGUAAGUAUUGUUGUUCCAGAUUCCAUUCUCUACAACUCUCAAAGCCCUGAACUCCAAACAUACCUUGUUUCACAAAUAGCCCGUGCAGCAUCAAUUUUCAAUGUCGAUGAAAUUAUCAUCUUAAAUGAUGCCCAUACAGCUCGCACAUCAUCUGCAAAGUUGGAUGCAGCCAACUUUUUUAUCAGAAAUCUUGAAUAUAUGGAAACUCCUCAGUAUUUACGCAAAUCUUUAUUUCCUAUGCAUCCAGACCUGCGAUUUUCAGGGUUAAUGAAUCCACUUGAUACUCCCCAUCAUUUACGCAUAACAGAGGAUUUCCCAUAUCGAGAAGGCAUUGUAGUGGAUCGCCCUAUAAAAAACAGCCAAGGCUCAUGAGUAAAUAUUGGUUUGAAAUCAGAUGCUAUAAUUGACUAUAAAUUAAACCCUGGUACAAGAGUUACAAUGAAACUUACAAAUAAAGACCCCAGAAGUAAUUUUUAAUUAGAACUUGCUGGCGAUGUGGUUUCCCCUAGUGAGCCUAAAAUUGAAUUAGGUGUCUACUGAGGCUACCAAGUAAGAUUAUGCAAAGAUUUAGAGUCAAUUUAUACGAAUUGCCCAUAUGAAGGAGGCUAUGACUUAAAAAUCGGCACUUCUGAUAAAGGGAAAUUUAUUGAUUCAGUGGGAAAUUUUCCAAAAUUCAACCAUGCUCUUAUCAUGUUUGGUGGCUUAGCAGGCCUUGAGGACAUUUUUGAAGCUGAUGAAACUAUUGAAGGACACGAUGUAGAAGGGCAUUUUGAUUAUUAUUUAAACACAUGUCCUGAGCAAGGCACUCGAACUAUUCGUACAGAAGAAGCAGUGCUUAUUUCUUUAACUGUAUUAGUUCCGAUGUUUAGGAGAGUUAAUAGCUAA